AUGACUGCAAUCUGGCAAGCGAAGGAAUCAUGGAAGGCUCUCGUGCUCGCGUCUGCCGCUCUUGGCCUGACGCUUUACUAUCUACAUGCACAGCAAACACCGACUUCGAAAUCUGCGAAUACUUCUCGGGUGCAUACAGAACAGUGCCAAGACAACGAAGCGAUUCACGUACCAGACGCCAUGGAUCCGGAGGAGAGAGCGUAUCAUGAAGGCUUCAUGCGGGAGGCUAUCGCUAUGGCUGAACUUGCACUGAAGAGUGAUGAGACGCCCGUUGGCUGUGUCUUUGUCAAAGAUGGCGAGGUCAUUGGACGAGGCAUGAACGAGACAAACCGAACUCUGAACGGUACCAGACACGCAGAGUUCGUCGCCAUCGCUGGCAUCUUGUCAAAGCACCCCAUCAGCAUCCUCAACGAGACAGACCUCUAUGUCACUGUCGAGCCAUGCGUCAUGUGUGCAUCCAUGCUGCGCCAGUACGGCAUUCGAGCAGUCUACUUCGGAUGCUGGAACGAGCGGUUCGGCGGUACUGGAGGAGUGCUGAACAUCCACUCUGACCCCAGCGUUGACAAGCCCUAUCCAGUCACCGGCGGCAUCUUCCGAGAGGAAGCAAUCAUGCUGCUUCGGAAGUUCUAUGUCCAGGAGAACGAGAAGGCCCCCGAGCCUAAGCAGAAGAAGACGAGGGAGCUCAAGACGGAGAUCCUACCCAUGGACGUCCACCAGCCCAAGUCAACGCCAUCUCCUGCUAUCCGUACCCCAGUCAAUGCGACCUCGACUGGAUCCAUCCCAACACUGUCUUCUCUGGCUACAUCUGCAGCUGCUGCAGCUGCUGCAGCUGUCGCAGUCCCCAAGACUGUGUUCCCCCCACCUGCCCAAUCUCGUCCUACUUCUGCUAGCACAGCUCUCGCCUAA